UAUUGUGCGAAUUGUCCACAUGUCGUAUUAGUGGAGAGGUUUCUAUUGAAAUUUUCUACGAUUUCGUGAAUAAAUUCACAUCAAACCUAGCAGCAAUGGCAAAGUUUGACCUCACGGCGAAGAAUUGCCAGUAUUUGGACCGUCAUCUGACGUUUCCUUUACUGGAAUUUUUGCUCCAGAAAAACGUGUACGACCAGUCGUCCCUCCUAAAGUUCAUCCUAGAAACGGUGAGCAAGACGAACAUGGUCGACUACACCAUGGACAUCCGCGAUCGGUUGACCCUGGAGAAAACGCUGCCGGAGGAGUUAAAUCAGCGCCGAGGUAAUGUGCUGGUAACGCUGAAGGAACUGCAGGCUGAGGUGGCACCGCUAAUGAAGUGCAUGGAAGAGCUGAAGAAUCCGGACACGCUGAAGGAUUCGAAAUCUAUCAUUCAUUCGUUGCAGCAGCAGCUGGAUUAUGACAUUAUCCAGAGUGCCCAGAAGCUGGCCAAGUAUCUGUACGAGUGCGGCAACUACAAUGAUUCCUUGUCGUAUCUGUACAUCUGUUUGCUGGUGAUGGAACCGAAUGAUAAGAACUACCUGAGCGUGCUGUGGGGAAAGCUGGCGGUGGAAAUUCUCACGCUAAACUGGCCGACGGCACUCGAGGAUCUGACGCGUCUGCGAGACUUUAUUGAGAACUACAACUUCUCGCCGAUCCAGGUGUUGCAGCAGCGUACGUGGCUGAUACACUGGAGCGUGCUGGUGUUCUUCAAUCACGCGAAGGGACGCGAUCUAAUCAUCGACAUGUUCUUGUACAAGCCGCAGUACCUGAACGCCAUCCAGACGAUGUGUCCGCAUAUCCUUCGCUACUUGGCGACGGCUGUCAUCAUCAACCGAGGGCGCCGCAAUACGUUGAAGGACCUCAUAAAGGUGAUUCAGCAGGAAUCGUACACGUACCGCGAUCCGAUUACCGAGUUUCUGGAGCAUCUGUACGUCAACUUUGACUUUGAGGGUGCCCGCAAGAAGCUGCACGAGUGCCAGACGGUGAUCAUUAACGAUUUCUUCAUCAUCGGGUGUUUGGAUGAGUUUAUCGAAAACGCACGAUUGAUGAUCUUCGAAACUUUCUGCCGCAUUCAUCAGUGUAUCACGAUCGGUAUGCUGGCGGACAAGCUGAACAUGAAGCCCGACGAAGCCGAGUGCUGGAUCGUGAAUUUGAUUCGCAACGCUCGGCUGGACGCGAAGAUCGACUCGAAGCUGGGGCACGUCGUCAUGGGAACGCAGCCACUGUCGCCGUACCAGCAGCUGGUGGAAAAGAUUGACUCACUCUCUGUACGUUCGGAAGCGUUGACCCUGUUGGUGGAACGAAAGCACAAAGCUAAAACUCAGGAAUCCGGCGAAGGCCACUGGAAGUAUUACUAGCGGUCAAUCGAAUUUUACUGAAAUUCGUUUCCUUCCCGUCCGAACGUCGGAAUCUAAAGAGCCGCGCGGAAGGAAACGACCCAUAAUUCCAGCAUUAACGAGAAUCAACAGAAGCCCCGAGUGAAGCGAAUCGAAAAGGAAAGGCGAGAGGUGAAGCGAAACGAAACCCUGACUGUUUUGCUGACACAGAAAACUGCGCUAGACAGGAUAGAACCUCUGGUUAGGCGAUAAUCUGAAAAGAUGACUAGAUGUAAGCGACCUAUUUGGAAUAAAAUACGCUAUACGCUAGAGGGACGCAGAA